AUGCUCCGCCAAUCUAUCACCCGACCGGCUGUCGUGGCCAACCGCGCUCUCUGCCAGCGUUCGUUCUCUGCCAUCGCUCCUCGAAUGGGCGAGGGCGACACUGGAGCUCCUCGCUCCGGAGGUGCCGCUGCUGGUGACCAGUUCACCAAGCGCGAGGCUGCCCAGGAGGCCCUUUACAUUCGCGAGAAGGAGCUUGACAAACUCCACGCGCUGAAGAAGAAGAUCGCCGAUCAGCGUGCCCAUUUGGAUGAGCUUGAGGGACACGUUGACAAGUUGACCAAGGAGCAAGGAAAGUCUGGCAAGAACUAA